AUGAACUACUCCAGUACAGAGCCAACGGUUAUAGAUGAAGAUCUACUAUCUAAGGGAGUAGAUCAGCAGCUACCCGCCGAGAUCUCAGUUCUUACAAAAGAGGAAGGAAUUGAUCCUGAAGACGUCACUAGUCUGCAAUUGGACUACAAGAACAUUUUGAAGAUUGACAAUCUAUGGCGGUUCAAAAACCUCACCAAGUUGCAGCUAGACAAUAAUAUUAUAGAAAAGAUAGAGAAUCUCGGGUUUCUUAAGAACUUGACGUGGUUGGACUUGUCAUUCAACAACAUUGCUGUUAUUGAAGGCCUAGAAGAACUCACGAAACUAACGGACUUGACACUCUACAACAACCGCAUUACCGAAGUGAAGGGAUUGGAUACACUGACACAGUUGAAUGUCUUGUCGUUGGGAAACAAUGCAAUAUCUGGAGUUGAUGCUAUCGAAUACCUACGACGAUUUGAAAACCUUCGAGUACUUAAUCUUGCUGGAAACCCAUUGUGCAAGAUACAAGAUUACCGACCGUAUAUUCUCGCGAGGUUACGGAACUUGAGGUAUCUGGAUUACAGACUUGCUGAUGAGGAACAGAUGAAGGAAGCUCGAAGCAAGUACAUGGACAACAUAAUCGCAAUGGAAGAAGAAGAACGUAUUGCAACUGAAAAGAAGCUUAUUGCUACCAAGUCGCAACAAGAGGGAGCCAAGUUUGCUGAAGCCCACAUUCCAGGCUUUGACAAACUAUUCGACUCGAUCUUCAACGAGGACAAGGACUUUGUACGCCUCCUCCCACUCGACACCGAUCGAAUAAGCGACAUUCGCGAACAAUACCGUGUAAAAUUCGAUGUGGCCGUUAACGAAUUGAUACAUUUCGUCAUGAAGAGACAUUUAGAACGUGUAAAUGAGAUUGAUGGGUUCAAGUAUGCUAUUGAGGAUGCGAGGGCUCCUGGUGAUGAGGAGGCUACCAAGGAAUUGGAUCGGUUUAUGAGGGGCAAAAAACAAGUAUUGAAGAUGGUUGCUAGUCUUCGUGAGCAAUCUGAAAUCGAUGAUGCGUUGAGAACACUACGAGAUGAAGGGACGAGAUUAUCAGACUUGAUGAUGAGAGCUGAGAUGCAGCUUGUAGAACAAUUAGAGGACGUAAUCAAGGAAUUCGAACGAGCAUACACCGAACUCGCAAGCGGCAUCUCUGAAUUCGCUACUACGUGUUUUGCAAGAUUACGAGAAUACGAGACGGAAUUCCAUGAAAGAUUUACUGAGGCGGUUUCUGCUGCUUAUGAUCGAUACACUAAGGGAGAAGUUGUCGAUGAUGUUGAUGAUGAUUUCCGUGAUCUCAUAUCAGACAAGGACUCGUUAACCAACAGUGUGAACGCCUCACAUGAUUUUAGACUGGCCAGGAUAGAUCAACAGGAGGACACAUUGGUAUCUGGCUCGGCAAAAGACACUGAGCAAGUGAUUUCGGGUGUUCAUGACGAAGAGAUCAGGAGGAAUCGCAAACGUGUGAUUGAAAUUAUUUCCUUCUUGGGUCGAUUGCAGCAAGAGAUUGAGGCUGUUGAAGAUAGUGCUUAUUAA